AUGGCGACCACCGAGGACUCCGCCGCCGCGGGCGAGGUCCGGCGCCUGCUCGCCCACCUCGACUCCCAGCAGCAGAUCCUCGCUGACUGCCACGGUGCCUGGUCGCGCGCCCUCGCACACUUCGCCUCGCUCGAGGAGGACCUCACCUCCCGCUCCGCCGCACUCGAGGAAGCCCUAGCCGCCGCCGACGCUUCCACCUCCGAGUCCCUCGCGGCGCUCGAGGCCCGCGAGUCCGCCGUCCCCGCGCGCCUCGCCGCGGCCUCCGCCGCGCUCUCCGCCGCCGUCGCUGAGGCCGAGACUGAAUCCACGGGGCCACCGCCCACCGACAUCAAGGGCGCGCUCCGGUGGAUAUGCCGCCGCAUGGACGCUGCUGCGCUCUGGCGCUUCAUGGCCGCACACCGCCGGGAGCUCGCCGUGGUCCGGAAGGAGGCGGGCCCCGCUGUCGCCAUGGCCGUCGACCCGCCCCGCCUUGUCCUCGACGUGGUAAGCGAUUUCUUAGCCGCUGGCAGUGGCGUCGGCGAGGACCAAUGCUGGGUGCUCGGCAUGUUGUUGCGCUCGUUGUUGGAUUCCAAUGGCCGGAAGCCUCCUGAGAUAGGAGAUACAUUGGUUGAGAGGGCGUUUGCAGUAACCAAAGAGUGGCAAGAGCGCUUUGGGAUCAAUAUGGACAAAUUGUCUUCCGAGGACAAAGAGGUAGAGAUGGCCGAAGCUGAUGGGUUAGGGAAUUCAGGAACAACAGAGAAGAAAGAAGGAAAAGAAGAGGAGGAGGAGGAGGAGGAGGAGGAGGAGGUGGUGGAGGAAGAAGAAGAAGAAGAGGAGGAGGUGGAGGAGGAGGAGGAGGAAGAAGAGGACCCUGAGAAGACAGCCCUUGUGUCAGGGGACGAGGAGGGCCCAGAGAUAGUAGAGGAGCCUGAGGCAUUAGAGAAGGAAGGGAAUGAGGUGAAGGGAGAAGGGGCAGGGGGAAAGGUGUCUGAGGAGGGAGAAGGGGCAGAGGGAAAGGUGUCUGAGGAGAGAGAAGGGGCAGAGAAAAUAGGACCUGAGGAUGAGAAGAAGGGAGCAGCAGUGGGCGCCAUGGAGGGGAAUAAAGGAGAGGAAGGUAAUAAGGGUGCACCAGAACAACCGGAGGCACAGAUAUUUGUGCAGAUGGUAGCGGCAUUUGGAUUGAAGGACAAGUUCGAUGAGGAGUUCUUGAGAAGGCUAUUUGUUGCUAAUGGACGGAAGAGGGAGCUUGCUAGGUUUGCGUGUGUGCUUGGAUUUGGGGAAAGCCUAGGAGGUAUUGUUGAGGAACUAAUAAAGUCAGGCAAUGUUAUAGAGGCUAUAUUUGUUGCCCAUGAGGCUGAUUUGCUUGAGAGAUUUCCACCUGUACCUCUCCUCAAAUCCUAUCUGCGGAAUUCCACAGAUAAGGCUCAGGCGGUGUUGAAAAGUGGAAGACAUUCCAGUUCCGCACUUGAAGAGGCAAACAACCUGGAGGGCAAUGCGUACAGGUCCAUCAUAAGGUGUGUCGAGUCCUGCCAGCUACAAUCAGUGUUUCCUAUAGAGGUCAUGAAGAAGAAGUUAGCGAAGUUGGAGAAAGAGAAGUCUGAGAAGAAGAAAGCAGCUGGCCCGAGCAGAUUCCAGAACAAGCGAUCCCGAGGCGCAGCUGGACCCUAUCCCUUCCCUGCUGCCAAGGCUGCUAGGGGCUCAAACUUUGGUCCGCGUUUCCAGAACCCAAUCUCACGAUCCUUAAACUAUGCAGCUCAUGCUGGAUAUAUAAACCCAGCAGCUGCAUCAUCAUACUACGUGCCUGGGAGCGUGUCAGGGCGACGAGGUGGUGUGCAAUUCGGCGGACCUGGAGCUACAUAUGGUGGCUCCCCUAACUUUGCAGCUGGUGGUGGGCAGCAAUCAUUCCGUCGUUAG